CCAGCGAGUUUGUAAAAUGAUAACUCCGGUUGAACAUAUUUGAUAUUUUGCAAGUCGCUGUCGCAAGUGCAGUCUAGUCGUUUCUUGGAGCUCGCGGAGUCGUUUGCACGAAGUUUGCAGUUUGUAAUGACACAGACUGUCGACAGACCUUCAGAUAGUUAAGAAUGCUCAAGCUGCUGAUAAAGCAAUAUUACAAUACAGAUUAGACCGAUUCUCAUCGACUUGCUACAACUAAACAAACCCAUUCUUUCAGCCGAAUACAAAACUAAUAUUGUAAACCACUCAAACUAACUAAUCAUUCUUUCAAAAAAUCUAGCUACAAAACAGCAAGUUGAUUUGAAUCCCCUCGAAACACGAGAAAAAAAAUAAAUUCUGUGAAUAAUCGUUUUGUACUCAACUUCGCUCACUUCAAAUCGAGAAAAAAGAACGCCUUUGCUCAGAAAAUUGUAGAAAAAUUGCCGGCGCACUUUCCGAAAUGUCCUUGGGUGAAGCCCCAAAAUCAAUCGUAAACUGGUACCCAAGUUUGCUCGAAAGCUUCAAUGUAACACAAGAAGAGCUUCUGGAUACGAAAAAUCACCUUCAAAAUAACUACCUUUUGCAUCUAAAAGAACAAAUUCAGCUGACUGCAGAAAGAAAACCAUCUAACCCAAUGAAAAUCUUCGACUUUUCUGAAAACGUCGAAAGUCAGCCUAAAAGUAAUCACGACGCUGUAACAUUUCUGCCACGACCAAACAGCUUCGGUUUCGACAACGUAAACCAAAUUCAACCGAGGAGCAAUGGUAACUCGGCCGAAAAGUUCAGCAGUUUCGAAAGCAGCGACAGUGGGGCGAGUGAUCUUUUGACUCCAACACCUGAUUUUUUCAAUAGCAUCGGCGACCUUUCUUUGAACCCAAGUAAUCAAAACUGCGAAGUACCAAAACCAUUCGGCUCCUUGAUGGCGUACAGGUGCAACAGUAACACGAGUCAAGACACCGGAUACGAGACCGACAUGAGUUCGCACGCCGCAGAUGACUCGGAUUUCGCGGUGGAAGCCGACUCGCCGCAACAAAAUUCUCCCGUCUUCUACUAUAGGAGUAGCAACAUCAACAGUCCACAGGAACAGGACUCUCCUUCCGACAGACAUUCGAAUUUGACCUUUCAAAGAUCUCGAGAUCUCAAUUCGGCUAAACUGUGGGAAUGGAUACUUCAUCUUCUGCUGAAUCCCAACAAAUACAAACACUUGAUCAGCUGGGAAGACAGAACCACCGGUCUGUUCAAAAUACAUAACGCUAGAGAACUCACCAAGUUCUACAAUGACUACAAAAACACAGUACCCAGUAGAAACAGAGCUCGAAGUCAAGCCACUGGAAUCAAGUACGAGAGCAUUCUACGCGCUCUAAGGCACUGUUAUAAAACGAAGGUUAUGACAAGGGUGAACAAGAAGCAUAAAUACGAGUUCGGACCCAAUGCUGUCAACUGGAAACUUGGGUUGAGCAGAGAGCGGGCAGUCGAUAGCAUUGAAAGAUGGGAAAACAGUAGCAAGUUACGACAAGUAGUCCCGACUGUCACGUUAUAGGACUACUCUCGCAACACAAAAAAAAACA